AUGGAUCCAUUGUCAACGAUAAGUGAGGAACUAGCCGAGAUCGAUGGACAGAUCGCUGAUGUUUUCCGUGCUUUAUCAAAUGGGUUUCAGAAGUUGGAAAAGAUUAAGGAUACGAGUAGGCAGAGCAGGCAAUUGGAAGAUCUUACAGAGAAAAUGCGAGAUUGUAAGGGGCUUAUAAAAGAGUUCGACAAAGUUAUCAAGGCUUUGGAGGGUAGACUUGAUGGACAAACCAACAAAAUGCUGAACGAGAAAAAGCAAUCGAUGAUCAAAGAGUUAAAUUCAUAUGUUGCUUUGAAAAAGCAAUAUGCUACAAAUAUUGAGAAUAAGCGAAUUGAGCUCUUUGAGGGGCCUAAUGAAGUUUAUUCGGAACAAAAUGUCUUGCUAGCUUCAUCAAUGACAAAUGAACAGCUAAUUGAUAGUGGGAAUCGCAUGAUGGAUGAAACAGAUCAAGCCAUUGAGAGGGGAAAGAAGAUUGUUCUAGAGACAAUAGAUGUUGGAACCGAGACUGCAGCAGCUCUCAAGGCUCAGACGGAGCAAAUGAGCAGAGUCGUCAAUGACCUAGAUUCUAUCCAUUUCUCUUUAAAGAAAGCAUCUCAAUUGGUCAAGGAAAUUGGUAGGCAGGUUGCUACUGACAAGUGUAUUAUGGCAUUACUUUUCCUGAUUGUCAUUGGAGUAAUAGCUAUCAUUAUUAUAAAGCUUGUGCACCCUGAAAACAAGGAUAUUCGUGACAUUCCCGGAUUAGCCCCUCCAGUUAUGACCCGAAAACUGCUUUGGAAUCAUAGUUGA